GCUGUGACCUGAUGAUAGUGCAAAUGUUUUCUCAGUGAAAUGGGAUCUCCAGGACUUCAGAUUCUCCCAAGACCUCAAUUACUACAGUGUAUUGAUUGCACUUCCUUUUCUCGGUCAUUCCUGGGUCAGUUUUAUUGCUUGUUGCUGUGUCACUGAAAAAAGUCACAAGGUGACCAUAAAAUGAAUGCAGGAGGUGUGAAGUCAGAAGAGGGUGCCUUCAGUGACUUGGAUUUCUUUGAAUACCUUUGACUUCAGUGAUGUCCGAUAUUCAAUAUUCUUAAUUAAACACAGUGCCUGGAGUUCUUUGUAGUCUUAGGAGGUGCAUUUCAUAGGACAUAUAUAUGAGGAAAAAAUAUCAACUGGACAAAGAAAAGUGCAGGCUCAGUGGAUAAAGUAGUUUCACUGAAUUUUAGAUGAAAUCCAUUAUUGAAUGAUAGAGAGAGUUGGUCACGCUUGACAUAUUUUGAUUUGGAUGUCAAACAAAUGGAUGUUUAUAUUGUCGUGGUGAUGUAAGGCGGAAUUUGAAGGAAAUAUCAUUGUGCCUACAUGAAGUCCCAAGGAAAUUGCAGUUAAUGGUUUUUUUUUUCCUUCUGAAUAUUAGUUUAUGACAAUUUGCCAACGAAACCUUCGUCAUUUGUUUUGUGUAACAAAACAGCAUCAUAUGAUAUACAGUGUACCUAUGAAGUUCUGAAUCAGAUCAGUUCAAUUUACUUUUGGAUUUGAGGACUGAUAAGGCGAUGGAGUUUGAUACCUAAUGUGCUGGUAACCAAAUAAGCAGAAAAUGAGUGAUUAACACACAGAGAAUUUAGUUGAUAAAAUGAGUACAGCAUGUGCAAGAGCAAAAGGUGGAUUUUUAAUGAGAGUUUACAGGAUGUGACACCCUAAAUCUGGUUUUACAGGGAGGUACUGGUAAUACAUGGAAUAGGAUAGCAGAGGAGGAAUGUUAGAGUUUAAAAGAAUGAAUCAUGUGUAAAAAAUAUCUCCUGGUGUUCGUCCAUCAUUGCCUGAGGUUUACGUGAUAUUACAGUUGUUAAAGAGAUCAGACAAGACUUAGGAAGUAAAGGGGUGAUAAUUAGACAAGUUGUUUACACCUUGAGGAAACAAUGUGUUGGAAUACCGUGAUUCUUGUGAGUUGCUGAGCAUGGAUGGUGCUCACUCGCCCGAGUCCUUUAGAGAACCGCAGGGGGUGUACAGGGGAUCUCAUUCAUCUCCGAGCAGGAAUAAAUUCGGGGAGAUGCUCAAUGCCAAAAAGCCACCAAGGAAGAAAGCACCGAUUUCCAGGCAAUGCCACAAUGAUAUCUAUGGACUGUUAGAUGACUGUGUGAUUAAAGGCUCAGUCGGAGUGCCCAAAGAGUGGACCCAGAAAGCACGAGGAGAAUGGGGUCAGAGAAGUACUAGCUUGUCCCCGAACUUGGUCCGGCAUCAGAAGAAGGUGUCCUCAGCUCCUACCUCUCCACUGGCCAUGCACAAAAGGCAUGGCAGUGCCACGGAUUUAGAUGACCAUCUCAGUUUCAUCAGUGAUACUGACAGCAAUGACCCUUCGAGGAUGUCACGGCGACAAGCACCACGACGACACACUUUAGGGGGAGAUGACCUGGAAAAUGGAGAAAGGGGAGAUAAAAAUGGAGAUGAAAGUGUCAACAAGAGAGAGGCUUUCUUAAACAUGCUGGCCAAGCGAUAUCCUCAGUAUGCAGAGAGAAUCCAUCGUCCAGCCAGUGAGAGUGGGUACCCUGCACAGAAUCGCCGCCCUAGAGACCUGCAUCGUCGAGCUACCUCUGUGGUGACCUAUAACCCUGGCUGUGAGCAGGACUUUGACAAUCGAUCGGACACCAUGUCCAGUGUAGACGGCUCGACCUUCAGGCGAGGGGGGUGGAUGAGGAAUAGUAUGCCUGUGAUGAGGUCCCCACCCAAUCUGUAUGACAAGAUGUCGGGUGUGGUAUUUCUGGUGGUGGGGGACCAGACAAGGAAAGCAGAACUCCCUAACGAAAUCACUCACCUGGACACGGUCCGAGCUCUCUUUGUCCGCUCUUUUCCUGGGAAACUGACCAUGGAGUACCUCGCCUCCCCCAAACAGAAGAUUUAUAUCCUGGACACGAUGACCAACAUCUAUUAUCAACUAGAGGAACUACUAGACAUUAAGGAUCGCACAGUUUUACGUUUGUAUGAAUCUGACAGUAAGGAUCUCCAAAGAGUCCGAGAUCCACCCCCAGAAGUACGGGGAAAACAGAUGCAGGUCUCCAGGGAGUCCACCCCUCCCAGAAUUCCAGAGCAGGGUAGAAGAUCUCAGACCCUGCCCACAGGCAUGACUCAUUCCUAUCCCCCACAUCAGGAAAACCAGUUUACACAGAAGGCAAAACCUGCUGACAGAUCAAGGUCAUUGCCGAGGGGUCAAGGACCAGACUAUGGAUACAUCACAUAUCACUCCACUGACAGAGUACAGUCAGCCUCGCCGGAUCGUCCGAAUCUUCGCCCCAUUCCAGAAGACCGUCACUACCAGAAUGGGAUUUCCCACAAUAACGAGGUCAGGCGAUCUCCACCCACAAAUAGGAGCCGAUCAGCUGACCCGUACUACAGGGAGUUAUCUCCCCCUUCACAUGCAAUCACUGCCCCUGGUGCACCCCCACAGACUUAUGUAGCUAAAGGGGUCCGAGCUAAUACCAUGGUGUCUCCUCUCAGGGCAACAGGCCCAGCUCCCGCUAGUCAAGACACAAGAAAUCUCAAUCGACAUACACUGGCCUUCACACCUAUGGAGGAGACAACGAAUCACGGCAGCAUGAGAUCUCAAAGUUAUCGCGUUCCCCCCGACCAUAGCCAACACAUCCCCCCAAGACCCCGGAGUGUUACCCCUCAACCCACCCCACAGGAUGAGUUCACUCAAUUUCGUAUGGACAAGAUGGAGGAGCAGAUUGCUAGCUUGGCAGCGUGGGUACAGACCGCAGUGUCCAGUACCAGCAGUCGUCCAAGCAGUGUCCGUAGUAGUUCUACAACCACUCCAUCAGAACCACCCAGCUCUUCUACCAGCAUUGAGGAAGCCCAUCUCUUGCCAUGCAGUAAAGGUCUUUCUGAUAUUUCGGGAGUUACACAGAAAAGUGUGACUAAAAAUCUUACGGACGGAUUUCUGAUGGUAAGGAAGCAGGCCUCCGAUUUAAAAGGCGAUCUCCGACAAAUUCGAAGACUUCAUCAACUCAGCAAGGAAAGCCUACAGGAAUCCAUACACGAAACUAUGAAAAAAAUCGCAACUGCCUUACGAAGCGUACCAGGAGCAGAACAUCAGUUGCUACGACAACACAGGCUAGAAGCAGACGGCUCAUGUCAGAAAUAUCUGGAGAAGAAAUGCAGGGCCAACAAAGAACUGAGUGAUUUAGAGGGUGCAGUGGAAGAGCUGAGAGAGGACGUGAUUUCCCGUCAGUGUAGAGUCAACAUGUCGGAUGUAGAGGGCAUGGCGCUGAUGCUGAGUACGGUCACCAAAACGUUUGGAGAUCUCAAAGCUGGUUUUCCAGACAUGCAAAAGGAUCUGAAGCAAGUGAUGGCAGGGGAGAUGGAGGUGGUGGUUAAUGAAGAAAGGUUUUUGAAAGAAGAGCCGGAGGUGAUAGAAGAUGCCCUGAAGCGAUGUAAACGUUUGACUGGUACCUUAUUCACUCUCAAAAGGUUGGCAUCGGUUCAACAGCAUCGAGCUCCUCAGGUACCCACUGUCGGAGGAAGGAUUCCGUCAGACGACGAAAAGCGGGCUUUAUUGGAGAACAUCAAGGCCAUGGUGCCAGACCACCAGACUCGACUGAUGAAACUUGAGGCAGCAGAUGCAUCCCGACAACGAAAGAAAAAAAUCAUCACACAACAAGAAGCUCUCAAGUUUGGAAAGUCCCUGGAGAUUGCUACUCGUCUGCUGAAACCCAGCAGCAAGGAAUCUGUGUCGUCUGCUUCAGAUGGAGUGUCUGACAUCCAGUCUUCAACAGCUACCUCAGUCCCGGCCAAAUCCAACACUGCAACAUCAUCAGCUACCUCAAUCCCUGUCACCAAAUCCAAUACUGCAAUGUCAUCAGCCUCAUCCUCAUCUGGUAACCUAACAACUAAAUCCCCAGCUGCAUCAUCAUCAGAAUCCUCUGCUGCCAAGUCAUCUUCUUCUCGAGAAGUUUCGGAAAAUCAGAGUCAGGAGUUUGUUAAUCGAGAAGAAGACUCCCAUCCACAGGGAGCUCAUUUAGCGAGGAAGAAAGAUGCUGCCAGAGCAGCGUUUUUCAGUUCAAUGACUACUCCCCCAACCUCACCUUCACCAUCAGAGGAGCUGGAAUCGUACUCGCCACCAAGACCGUUAAUGGAUUAUACAGUGCAUAUAUUACAGACGAAGGAUUCCAGUACUGGUGAAACUCAGUACACUGUGACGGAUGGACAAUAUUCACAGGCUUCUCAUUCAUCCGCGACCGCUCAGUUAGUUUCCUCCACUACCACUGCCACAUCGACAGGAAGUAGUUCCGCUUCACUGGAUACCAGAUUAAGUUUGACAAACAUUCCAAGAAUCUCCUCUGUUGUUAAGUCCACAGAGACUGUAGAAUCAUCCAAAAUCAGUAGAAAACUAAGGACCUCUACACCUAUAACUAGCAGAGACAGUGAAAAAGCACCGUCAAAAAUUCCUAGUCUUCGAAAGGAUGGACACAGUGAAAGUAGUGGUGGACCAGAUGUAAGGCCUAAGAAAAUACCGCCCCCACCACCCCCAAGGAAAAGCAGCCGUUUACCGAGCCCAGGAAUGAGAGUGGACACAGAAGUUUCUCAGAAUGGCUCGGUGUCUCUGGUGUCCUCUAAGCCUGAACUUCAGCCGAAAGACAUUUCAAUCCUCGGUGGGCAUCAAAUGCAAGUCAAAGACUCUGGAAUCGGUACCUCCACCCCAAAAUCCAACAUUCUUCCAAAGCCCUCCAGUAAAUUUGACAAAGGGAUCAUCGAAGCCAUAGCUAUCCAAAACAAAGAAAGUGGGACAAAACCCGAGUCUCAUGACCCGAGGUUAUUAGCAGAGGAAUCACAGGGGGCCAGAGCCAAAAUACCCCCUCCCAGCAAAAAACCCAAACCACCCCCUCCUCAACGGAAAUCUAGUCUCUCUCAGUCCGAGGAAAGGUCGCAGAUCCCAAAGACAGAAAAGGAGUAGGGGCCUCCAUGAUUGAAUACAUAGGUGCUGAUUAUAGACCCUGCUUGCAUUCAUGUUUUUGACAUCUUUCUCCAGUAUUUGUGCUCAAUGUGUUCUAUCCAAGAAUUCAUUGUACUGAAUUCAGUGAGUCCACCUCUACAAGAUGUCAAGUUAUAGCUUUAAAGACUGUGCAGUGUUGCUGAUGAAGUCAUAUCUACCUCCUGUUAAUGAUGGCACUGCUGUUCACAUCUAGUCAAUUUCCUGCAAAACUGCAACGUGGUGUCUAGAAAAUUUUGAUGGUUGUGUUUUGUGCAUGCUUACUAUUAAGUUAUUGAAUUUGGAUGAACGAAUCAAUAGCUGAUCUUGUGAAUUUUUCAUUUUGAUGAGAAAAUGAAAGUAAAAUCUUAAAUGUGA